AAGGCAUUUUCCGAUCUCCCUAUAUCAGACGCGACGAAGAGAGGUCUGAAGAAAGCAUUCUUCAUGGACAUGACGGACAUCCAGACGAAGAGUCUACCCAUAUCACUCAAAGGGAAAGACGUCCUUGGUGCAGCGCAAACAGGAAGUGGGAAGACAUUAGCGUUUCUCGUUCCUGUCUUGGAGAUUCUCUACCGUCGGAAAUGGGGUGCUGCAGACGGACUAGGAGCGUUGAUUAUCUCUCCGACGCGAGAACUUGCUGUACAAAUAUUCGAUGUCUUGCGUUCGAUUGGAGGGUAUCAUUCCUUUUCUGCUGGGUUAGUCAUCGGCGGCAAGAACCUCAAGGAUGAACGGGACCGACUAUCUCGAAUGAACAUCCUUGUUGCCACGCCAGGAAGGCUUCUCCAGCAUAUGGACCAGACAGUCGGUUUCGAUGCGGAUAAUUUACAAGUUUUAGUUCUCGAUGAAGCCGACAGAAUUCUGGAUAUGGGCUUCCAAAAAACCCUCGCCGCCCUCCUCUCUCACUUACCCAAAUCUCGCCAAACUCUUCUUUUCUCCGCCACGCAAACCCAGUCCGUCAGUGAUCUUGCACGCCUUAGCCUCAAAGAUCCAGUCUACGUCGGGAUCAACGUAGCAAGCUCAUCAACGUCCACCAUGCCGCAAAACCUUGAACAACACUACGUUAUUUGCGAGUUGGACAAAAAACUUGACGUCCUAUGGAGCUUCAUCAAAACGCACCUACAAUCUAAAAUCAUAGUCUUUAUGUCCAGCUGUAAGCAAGUCCGCUUCGUUUUUGAGACAUUUUGCAAGAUGCAUCCCGGUGUUCCCCUCCUCCACCUUCACGGGAAGCAAAAACAAUCCGCAAGACUCACAAUGUACACCAAAUUCUCCUCAAUAUCUCAUGCAGUGCUUUUUGCCACUGAUAUCGCGGCGCGAGGUCUGGACUUCCCUUCUGUCGACUGGGUGCUGCAAAUGGAUGCCCCAGAGGAUGCCGAUACCUAUAUCCACCGUGUGGGAAGGACGGCACGGUAUGAAAGCAAGGGAAAGGCACUGCUAUUCCUGAUGCCUAGCGAGGAAGAAGGCAUGAAAGUCGCCCUUCAAAAGAGGGCGAUCGACGUGAAACAGAUCAAAAUCCGUGCCAGCAAAACGCAAACUAUCGAGAACCAGCUACAGAAUCUCGCAUUUCAGGACCCAGAAAUCAAGUAUUUGGGACAGCGGGCAUUCGUAUCAUACCUUCGGUCAAUUUAUAUCCACAAGGACAAGUCAAUAUUCAAACUAGAGGAACUUCCGGUGGAUAGGUUCGCUGAAUCUCUGGGUUUACCUGGUACACCGAAAAUCAAGUUUCUUAACAAGGAGAUUGCGAAAAAGAAGAAAAACGCGUCGAGGACGGUGGAAGCCGCUCAGGCAGAAUCCAGUGAAGAGGAUGAAGAUGACGAAGGGGUGCAAACCGCUAUAUCAAAACCGACCGCUGUCCGAACCAAAUACGACCGCAUGUUUGAGAGGAAGAAUCAGAACGUUCUCUCGGAACACUACAGCAAGCUUAUCGACCACGAACCCAUGUCAGACGAUGGCGAUGACUUCAUUACCCUCAAACGGGCGGAUCACGGUCUGGAGGACAAGACUCCGACCUACGAUGCAAGCGAACUCUCCAAACGAAAACUCAAACUUGGAAGGGCAAAGCGGACCAUUGCGAAAGGCGGGCUUUCAACUAAGCUAGUUUUCGACGAUGAAGGCAAGCCACAUGAAUUGUAUGAGAUGGCGGAUCCAGAUGCCUGGUUCGAGGGUACGGGUGGUCUGGCAGGUGCAAAGGAGGAGGGAAAGAAGUUCGCAGAGGGGGAGAGGGGUAAAAUGAAGGUCGCGGAUGUGGUUGAUAAGGAAGAGGCGAGGGAGAAGAAAAGGGAGAAGAAGCGCAAGAGAAAGGACAAAGAGAAAGCGGUAUGUCCUUUUUUUUUUUCGCUGGACAAAUGA